AUGUCCUUGUCAGCAUGGCUUUGCACAAACAGCACCAAGAAGAUGCUUGUCAAAAUUGUUCACCCCGGCGGGCAUGUUGAGCUGCAUGACAGCCCUCUUCUUGCAGCAGAGCUCAUGCUAAGGAACCCAAGAUGUUGUGUUGCACAUCCUCACAUUUUCCAGCAGCCAUGGGCAAUUGUGGCACCAGACACCAUGCUAAGGCUAGGGCAGAAAUACUACGUGGUGCCGAUAAGCACGAUACGGAAGCUUCAAAGGCUCUCUUUAAAGCAUUCACCUACUUCAGUUCAUGAAAUGCAAAGUAACAUCACACCAAGCAAAGAAGAUCAGAAAAGUGAUGUCAUGGUUUCUAAUUAUUGUAAUUGGUUUAUCAUGAAUAAGGAUUCUACCAAGUCUCCAUAUGCUUGUACAAGACAUUCUAACGAUGAGGAAAACAAUGUGAACAUGGCUUCUAAUCAUGCAGGAUCAACCACUACAAAAGGAAAGAAGAAAGAGGAGGGGUGCUUGUCUCAAGAUAAUUGCUUUGAUUGCUUUCUUAUGGGGACCAAGGUUAAGGAACAUGGCGAUGAUUUGAAAGAGGAAACAAAAUCACCAAGCACCAGUAUUUCAUCUUCUGAGAUUGAGACCAAGGCACUUGCCAGAAGGAGGAGCAAGGAUUCUACAAGAAAUUUGGUAAGAAGACCACCUAAGAGAUUUCCCUCUCCAGAUAAUUGGCAGCCAAGUCUGGAGAGCAUCAAUGAAGAAUGA